AAUAUUGCUAUGAAUGAACUGUCGACGGUCAAUACAUAUAAAUCGUCUGAAAGUGAAAGUGACGAAGGGGAUGAUAUAUGUGAGGUGAGACAAAAAAGGGUAGACAUAAAAGGAAAAGCAGUAGACCGACAUGAAUCUGUAGCCGACGGUAUAGGGAUCAAUAAUGGGAAGGAAAGUUCUGAUAGCAGAGAAGACGAGGUCAAUAAUUUACAAAUAGAUUCCGUUAUUACAUUACUAUCAUUGAACCUCCCUUACGUACGAGUUGAUGGUCGAUUCUUGGUCGAUUUUCGACGUUUGAAAAUAGUACCAAAAGACAAUUCUAGCUGGGAAACAAGUGAUAAUGGGUGUCAAUUUGAAAAAACAUCAUCAGAUGAUUCAGAAUCUUG